AUGGCUUCCUUCCGAGCAACCCCAGGCAGGGCUCCACUGGGCCCGGGAUCGAGGCCGGCCACAGCCAGCCCCCCUAUCCCGGUGCUGGGGUCUGGAGAAAUCAGAGAAGUCCAGGAGGAGGACGAAGACGAGGAGCCGGCCGAGAUCCAUCUGUGUGUGCUGUGGAAUUCGGGAUAUCUGGGCAUUGCCUACUAUGACACUAGUGAUUCUGUCAUCCACUUUAUGCCAGAUGCCCCCGAUCAUGAGAGCCUCAAGCUUCUCCAAAGAGUUCUGGAUGAAAUCAAUCCUCAGUCUAUUGUUACAAGUGCAAAACAGGAUGAGAAUAUGACUCGGUUUCUAGGAAAGUUUGCCUUUGAGGAGCAGAGAGGGCCAAGGAGACCUGAAGUCGUAUAUUUGCCAAGUGUGGAUUUUGGUCUAGAGAUAAGCAAACAACGUCUUCUUUCUGGAAACUACUCGUUCAUCCCAGAGUCUAUGACUGCUACUGAGAAAAUCCUCUUCCUCUCCUCAAUUAUUCCUUUUGACUGCCUUCUCCUGGUUCGGGCUCUUGGAGGAUUGCUCAAGUUCUUGGGCCGAAGAAGAAUUGGGGUUGAGCUGGAAGACUGUAAUGUCAGCGUCCCCAUCCUGGGCUUUAAGAAAUUUGUGUUGACCCAUCUGGUGAGCAUAGAUCAAGACACUUACAGUGUUCUACAGAUUUUUAAGAGUGAGUCUCAUCCCUCGGUGUACAAAGUGGCCAGUGGACUGAAGGAGGGGCUCAGCCUCUUUGGAAUCCUCAACAGAUGCCGCUGUAAGUGGGGAGAGAAGCUGCUCAGGCUAUGGUUCACACGUCCAACACAGGACCUCGGGGAGCUCAAUUCACGUCUAGACGUCAUACAGUUUUUUCUGCUGCCCCAGAAUCUGGACAUGGCUCAGAUGCUGCACAGGCUCAUGAGUCACAUCAAGAACGUGCCUCUUAUUCUGAAACGCAUGAAGCUGUCUCACACCAAGGUCAAUGACUGGCAGGUUCUGUAUAAGACGGUGUACAGCGCCCUGGGUCUGAGAGACGCCUGCCGCUCCCUGCCUCAGUCCAUCCAGCUUUUUCGGGACAUUGCCCAAGAGUUCUCUGAUGAUCUACACCACAUCGCCAGCCUCAUUGGGAAAGUGGUGGACUUUGAGGGCAGUCUUGCUGAAAAUCGCUUCACUGUCCUCCCCAACAUAGAUCCUGAAAUCGAUGAGAAAAAACGAAGGCUGAUGGGUCUUCCCAGUUUCCUCACUGAAGUGGCUCGGAAAGAGCUGGAGAAUCUGGACUCGCGUAUCCCUUCGUGCAGUGUCAUUUACAUCCCUCUGAUCGGCUUCCUCCUUUCUAUUCCCCGCCUGCCAUCUAUGGCAGAAGCCAGUGACUUUGAGAUCGAGGGACUGGACUUUAUGUUUCUCUCAGAGGAGAAGCUGCACUAUCGGAGCGCUCGAACCAAGGAGCUGGAUGCACUACUGGGAGACCUGCACUGUGAAAUCCGGGACCAGGAGACCCUGCUGAUGCACCAGCUGCAGUGUCAGGUGCUGGCGCGGGCAGCUGUCUUGACACCGGUAUUGGACCUUGCUGCCCGCCUGGAUGUCCUCCUGUCUCUUGCCAGUGCUGCCCGGGAGUAUGGCUACUCAAGACCCCGCUACUCUUCCCAGCUCCAUGGAGUAAGAAUCCAGAAUGGCAGACACCCUCUGAUGGAACUGUGUGCAAGAACCUUUGUGCCCAACUCCACAGAAUGUGGUGAGGACAAAGGGAGAGUCAAAGUCAUCACUGGACCCAAUUCCUCAGGGAAAAGCAUAUAUCUCAAACAGGUUGGCUUGAUCACUUUCAUGGCCUUGGUGGGGAGCUUUGUGCCAGCGGAGGAGGCAGAUAUUGGGGCAGUGGAUGCCAUCUUCACCCGAAUUCACAGCUGUGAAUCCAUUUCCCUCGGCCUCUCAACCUUCAUGAUUGAUCUCAAUCAGGUGGCGAAAGCAGUGAAUAAUGCCACUGAGCAGUCUCUGGUCCUUAUUGAUGAAUUUGGGAAGGGAACCAACACGGUGGAUGGACUGGCACUUCUGGCUGCCGUGCUUCGACAUUGGCUGGCGCUUGGACCCAUGUGCCCCCACAUUUUUGUGGCCACCAACUUCUUGAGCCUUGUUCAGCUACAGCUACUACCUCAGGGACCCCUGGUACACUAUUUGACCAUGGAGACUUGUGAAGAUGGGGAUGACCUUGUCUUCUUCUACCAGCUUUGCGAAGGGAUUGCCAAUGCCAGCCAUGCCUCUCACACCGCCGCCCAGGCUGGCCUACCCGACAAACUCAUUGCCCGUGCCAACGAGGUCUCAGACUUGGUCCGCAGUGGAAAACCCAUCCAGCCUGUCAAGGAGUUACUAAAGGAAAACCAAAUAGAAAAGUGCCAGGAAUUAGUGGGUAAGUUCCUGAAACUGGAUUUAGAUGAUCCCAACCUGGACUUGGACAUCUUCAUGGGACAGGAAGUGCUGCCUGCUGCCACCGCCAUCCUCUGAGAGUCCUUCUGCCCUCCUGACUCCGGAGGCCCCAGGGACUGCCAGGCCCUUUGUUUCCUUAUCCCCUUCAGACCCAGAGUCCUCAGGUUGCCUAGAAAAUUUGUUUCAUAGUAGGAAUA